AUGCCUCCGACGGUACAUAGCUUCACACAUUCACUCUAUCCUGCUUUUGCGGCUUGCCCUCUUCCUCGUUCCCUGUCGUUGUUGCCGCUCCCGACUAUCGCUGCCCUCCACUGCGUAGGCAAGCCAAAUACGCCCUGUGACCGGUCACCGCCGCAUGCCCCUUUGCAUUCUCUCCGUCUUUUCCCACGAUUGACACACAAGGGCUCAACCAAACAAGACGUGCCCGUACCUCACCUCCUCACCUCCGAGUCUUGUCCUCUGACAAAACUCACGAUCUAUCCGUCUUACUACCUCCCUCCCUCCCUCCUCUCAUACCCUCCUUUCUCUUCUCCUCCUCAACACCUACGCGCCGCACGGGCAGCGACAGCAAUAUCUCUUCGCGGCAUCGCCCAACCACAGACCAGCCUCUCCCACCACAUCUACACCCUAGGUACUGCCCUCAACCGACACCGGGGCCACCUCUGCGGUUCUCCAACACAACCUCCCCAACCAACUUUUCCCAUCCGGCCUGGUGUUCUCUGCCCUAUCCAACUCCUCUCGUUCGGAUCGACGCCUCGAAAUUCUCCUUUCGCCAAUCCUUCCCCAACUCUCCAUCUGCCGCCCUCCGCCAUGGCUCAAUCCACCGAGCCGCGGAGGCGGUUCGUCCCCGUUCCUAUCGAGACCACCUUCGAGUCUGUACGUAAGACUACCGAGCAACAACCGCAAUCUCAGCAACAGCAACAUCAAACAGGCCCGGCACCUGAGUUGACUCCCGAACACACCCCGCGAACGCCCUCUCCCAAUCCUUUCGAGCAGCGGAUGCAGCAGCCGCCGCCGCAAUUGCAUUCUCUUCAAACCCAGCCGGCACCGAGACGCCGCUUCGCUCCUCAACUUAUCGAGACCUCUAGGCGCGCCCGUAGGGAGGGCGACGCUGGUCCUGCCACUCGCCCGAGCGAUAAGACCGACAUCACACCCUACACAAAUCAUAUCUACCUCCAACGGAACAAGUCGAGACGCAAGUUGAACGAUGGCGCUGCUUCGCCCGCUUCCCAGACUCAACAGAUUCAGAGGCAACCAAAGGGCGCACGAAGAGAGUCGGAAGAUGAGAAUGCAGGCACCUACAUGUUGGAAUGGGCUGCCAUGGAGGCUGAACGCCAGAUGCAAGAGGCUGCUCUGGCAGCGUUCCCCAACAGUCGCCCGCGUGAGGGAGGCGCCGCCCAUUUCUACUUCAGAGAGAGCUCGGGAGACGACAGCACGCCAGAGAGCGUCUCACCACAGCAGACCGGUACUCAGGCCAAGCAAAGGGGCCGCCAUGGCCAUGCUCCCCGCCGCAAGUCUUCAGAAGUUGGAUAUUGGCAAAAGGAGAUGCAGAAGCAUGCCCAGGAUCUGGCUGUUGCCAGAGGCGAGCACGCGCCUGUCUUUGACGAUGACGACGACGAAAGCACCAAGAACGAUUCCGAACUCGACAGGAUGGAACUCGACACCCCGCCGGAUCCCAUGUGGUUGACGAACAAGAGGAACCACACCACCGACACCAGCUCCAAGGGACCAUUGGAACCGAUUGGCGAGAGUUUCAUGCCGCUGAUCGCGCCUGACCCAAUCGCUACCCAAGAUACGCGGCGCCCGGAGCUUCCUCCCCCAGAGCCGGUGAGCAAGCCCAUUGGCGAAACUGGCAUGCCAUACAUUCCGCCAGACGCGGCCAGCAAGCCUGCCCAGGUGCCUAUCGCUGCACCUGCGCAGGUCGUUCCCGAAACUGGCUUCCGAAAGCCCCAAGGCGGAUUUGGCCGCCCGUUCGGCAACUUCGGACUCCCUGCGGAGACGAGCGAGUUUCGCAAGAUGCGCAAGGCGGCGUCCCCGCCGAUGCUGGGCAAGGACCUGAUUUUCCGAAAAUGCCCCUCGCCGAAGCAGACCAAGCUUGAGCCGGACCACCCCUUCACCGAAGGCCCGACCGUCGAGGAGAGAAACAGGGAUGCCACGGGCGAAGCCGGCUUGUGGAGGGGCUACUGCUUCCGGGGCAGCGAAAGCGAUCAGGCCAUUGUACCACCACAUCUUCAAGGCCCCAGAAUGCUGCAUACACCGCUUCCAGCCGCCACCCCUGCGGACCCAUUCGCCGCAGCCUUUAGCAAGAGCUCAUUGACGGAUGAGCCUGGAUCGGACUAUGCGUCUGCGACUCUGACACCAAACACAGCUGAGCACCGCGUUCGAUCGGGUGAGGCCAAGGGUCUUCACAUGCUCGCUGGCCUUGAGGACCGCCUCAAGCGCGAAAAAGCAUUGGAGGAGAAGAUUGCAUCGGAAUUCGACGACAUCUUUAUCACGCAGGUCUACAACUACUUGUCGCUGGGAUACCCCGCCAUGGCAAGGGCCUUUGACGAGGAGCUCGCCAAGAUUGCUCAAGUCAGUGUCGAAGAGCUUGAAGCUGAUGACGCGAAGCAGAUGGCAAGUGGUCAUUUGAUGGAGCCGGCUGAGGCUGAGUUGGCAGAGGAGAAGAGAUGCCCGAGAUGGAAGGCGCUAAAAUCCUACAUCUACGAGUGGGCUAGACAACACCCGGAUCUGGACAGCCUGGAUUCCCUCGCAUGGGGUGUACGAGAGAGACGAGGCAGCUGGGCCAUUUAG